AUGUGGGUACCAACUAGCGACUUAAUCAGCCACAGUAGGGCUCUGGUAUGGCCUACUCUUAACUGGGCUGGGGAGCCGGAAACGUCGAACUCCUUCUUGGGAGACGAAGAAAAGAAGUUGGAGGAUAAACCUCAGCUGUACUUUGCAGUUCGACACCUAGAGUCAUCCCUGCGCCACGAUGAUGUAGACAGACCUCGGCGGCGUUUCCCGGAGAGCAUUCUAGAAUUCUUUUUGUGA